AUGUCCGCCCUNUCCAACUGGUUUGGCAACAAGAGAAUCAGGUACAAGAAAAACAUCGGGAAGUUUCAAGAAGAAGCCAACCUUUACGCUGCCAAAACAGCCGUGACGGCAGCUCACGCCGUAGCCGCUGCUGUCCAAAACAACCAGACCAGCUCGCCCACCACACCAAACUCUGGUACUUCCGCUUCUUUUAACCUUCCUAAUUCUGGGGACAUAUUCAUGAAUAUGCAGAAUCUGAAUGGGGAGAAUUACCAGGGGUCUCAAGUUGGAGCCAAUGUGCAAUCACAGGUAGGAGACAACACAAAAAAAAAUGGGGGAAAAAAAAACCAAAAGAAAAAAACCGACGCCCCCCCCUAA